AUGUGCGAAAUCCUGUUGCCAUGCAAUUACCAACCCAAAGAGUCUUUGGAUGACAGAAAAAGCCCGCUGUUCACCUUGCUCCUACUGAGGUCCUGGCAGCGGGAGUACGACCAGAGACCUUACAAACAUUUCCAGUUCAAGCGUUUGGAGUUCGAGGAUCGAAUGCGCCGGAAGUACCACUGCAUCCGGGACUUCCGGGUCAUUGUGAACUAUCUGCUGAGCCAACGGAUGCGCUCAGCGACCAUAACGGGAGUGGUGGUCAGUAACUGGGAUGCAAUCCUGCUGAAGGACUUUGUUCGCUCACUUAAUCCCUUGUCGUCCAUCCAUCUGAAUCUGAUGCAGUUGCCCAGCGAAUUCUUUGCGAUGCUGUGCCUCAAUGCGAAAAAUAUGGACGUUAUGGAGCUAUGUUUGGAUGGUACUCCCCUCAGUGACGAGGAUGUGCGUCUUUUGCGGAAGUUCCUGCUGGUCAGCAAGACGCUGCGCGCACUCUCCGUAAACCAUUGCAGCCUGACUCAAUACAACUUCGCCCUGAUCGCAGACGGGUUGCACAAGUCGGAAAAGGUUAAACGUUUUUCGGCCAAUCGACUGUUGGGCGGACAUCUUACUCUGGACACGGAGAAGAUAAUGUCGAUAAUUAGCUCCGUCUUAAUGCAGAAACGCCUUCAGAGUUUGUGCCUCGAGCUGUGCGAACUUACUGCCCAGGACAUGAUACCCAUUGCCGAGCAUUUGGCGUGCAAGAAAUUGAAGUUGCAACACCUACGACUGUCCAGCAACAAGAUCGGUCCGGACGGUGUCCUCUUCCUGCUGCGCGGCAUAAUCGCUGGUGGCGGAUUCCUGGAAGUGCUGGACAUCAGCAGCAACUCAAUUGGUACCCAUGGUGGCGAGUGGGUGGCCAAGUAUCUCGUUUCGUGCCUCAUGUUGAAGGAACUGUAUCUUACCAAUAACGAUAUUGGAGCAGAGGCCAUCAAUCGCAUACUGACAACACGCCGGAAACGCUGCCAUCUUGAUCGCUUAACCCUCUAUGGUAACGAGUUUGAUGACGCCACCGGGAGAAUUUUGCGCCGCCUCCUGGACGCCCAGGUGAUGCUGCAAACCGAGCUGGAUAUCACUUUUCUUUAUGAUGAGGAUCUGGGGGAGUAUCGUGUGAUACCCUGGCGGUAGUUAGCUUGUUUGUUUUGCCGGUGAUACAGAAGUAAAUAAAUAUUGGACUUCCUCAUAAAUUG